UGCGUAUGUUGGCACGUCCCAGCACCUGGCAACACGCAGCGACUGAUUCAUUCAGAAGCUAAUGCACUAUAAUAUAAACAUGACUCUAAUAACUCGGAAAAACUUCAACCUGUCUAGUUUAAUCGAAUAAUACUCUUGUUAGUAUCAUACGACCGUCCGACCAUGAAGCUACUCCACAAAGACAUAGAAAAAGAUAAUGCCGGUCAGGUGACUCUGAUGCCAGAGGAGGCAGAGGACAUGUGGCACACCUACAAUCUGCUGCAAGUGGGGGACAGCUUGAGAGCCUCCACUAUCAGGAAGGUGCAGACAGAGUCCGCUACUGGAAGUGUGGGCAGCUCCAGAGUUCGAACUACUCUCACUUUAUGCGUGGAGACUAUCGACUUUGACUCCCAGGCAUGCCAACUGAGAGUAAAGGGCACAAACCUAGAGGAGAACCAGUAUGUCAAGAUGGGGGCUUACCACACUAUUGAGUUGGAGCUCAACAGGAAGUUCACUCUUGCCAAAAAGAGCUGGGACAGUGUUGUGCUGGAUAGAAUCGAUCAGGCCUGUGAUGCAACCCAGAAGGCAGAUGUGGCAGCUGUGGUGAUGCAGGAGGGUCUGGCCAACCUGGUGUUGGUGACCCCUGCCAUGACACUGCUUCGUGCUAAAGUGGAAGUCACCAUUCCUCGCAAAAGAAGGGGAAGCUGCACCCAGCAUGAAAAGGCACUAGAGAGGUUCUAUGAGGCUGUGAUGCAGGCAAUACUUCGCCACAUCAAUUUUGAUGUGGUGAAGUGCAUGUUGGUGGCCAGUCCAGGGUUUGUGAAGGACCAGUUUAUCGCAUACAUCUUUAAAGAGGCGGUGCGACAGGACAACAAGAUCCUACUGGAGAAUCGGCCCAAAUUCAUGCUGGUCCACUCGUCAUCGGGUCAUAAGUACUCACUCAAAGAAAUCCUCUCUGAUCCCACUGUGACAAACAGGCUGUCUGACACCAAGGCAGCAGGAGAGGUGAAAGCCCUGGAAGACUUCUAUAAGAUGCUGCAGCAUGAGCCUGACAGAGCCUUCUAUGGACUGGCCCAUGUGGAGAAAGCUGCUGAAGCCCUCGCCAUUGACACCUUGUUGAUAAGUGAUAAGCUGUUCAGGCAUCAGGAAGUCCCUACGAGGGCUCGUUAUGUUCGGUUGGUGGACAACGUGAGAGACAAUGGAGGCAACGUCAGAAUAUUUUCAAGCCUUCACGUGUCUGGUGAACAACUGACACAGCUGAGUGGAGUGGCAGCCAUCUUGCGGUUUCCCAUUGCUGACCUAUCAGAAACCGAGGACGAUAACAGCUCAGACGAUGACUGAUCACACAGAAACUAACCAGACAGAUCUUAUUGGUAGCAAAGAAGAAGAAGAAGGUCGUCCAGUGUUGCAGAUAAACCAAAGAAUGCGUAAACCCAGUGUGUUGCAAGAAUAUAAAGCUGCUGUGUAAGGGUUGAUGUAUUCCACUUCUGCAACAUCCACACCUCUUUAAAAAUCACAUUUACACACGUUUUGCUCCUAGUGGCCAUAAUUUUACAUAAUUUGAUGCAGUUUUUGGUGCUUUGAUGCUUUGGGUUUGAAGGUGACAGUAUCUGUAGCUCCUAAGAAUGCCAGUGAAGAGGAAUGUAACUAAUUUUGCCAAGUCCACAUGAAAAUAGUUCAAAUUAGGAGAGCAAAAACAGAUUUUUUUCUUCUUGCCAAGUGUAUAUACAAUAUAUCUUUCUUGCAAUUAAACUACAGAAGC